AUGAAGGGCUGGCUGCGGACUCUCGGCCUAACGGCCCUGCUAGCCACUUCGGUGCUUGCAGACGACGUUGAGCUGAAAUCCGACGAAGCGCACCGACAACGAUGCUCAGGGAUGUACAGCCGUAAAGCUUGGGGAGGGAAUGUGGACCCAUUUAUCCUUGUCAAGUUUUCCAAGGCGCAGAACACUGAAGGAGAUCCUCUUGCAAGCUUGGUGAUAUUCGAAUGGAAUGAUGAGGAAUUGAUUGGAGACUACCGGUCUAACGAUGCCGACGUCAAAGAUACUAUUUGCGAACAGGGAAGUGUCGAUGCUGGUCUCUGUGCGAAAGAAGAUAUCGGCUCCUUCAUUCUCACCAAGAAUGCCACCGACGUCUCCAAGAAUCCCAUCAUCUCCAAAGCUAUCCACCUUAACGACCCAGAGCCCAUCAAAUAUCCAGUGAAAAAGACCGGUUUCUACUGCGUCAGCACUUACGCAUACUCUGAUGAGGAUUAUUACUCGGUGGUUACCUUCCGCAAUGCAUACGGCGAGCUCCCCGCUGCGCAAAUCGCCAAACUCCCAUUCUAUGGCGCCAUGACAAUUGUUUACGCUGUUAUUGGAGUGUUCUGGGCAUUCCUUUACGUUCAAAACCGGUUUGACAUCUUACCCGUGCAGAACUACAUCACGGCCAUUCUUGUCUUCCUGAUCGUCGAGCAGCUCAUGACCUGGGGCUUCUAUGAUUACCAAAACCGACAUGGGCUGAAUGCCAUGGGAAAAGCAUUGAUGGUCAUAGUAGCUGUCCUCAAUGCUGGUCGAAACGCCUUCUCGUUUUUCCUCCUUCUCAUUGUCUGUAUGGGCUACGGUGUGGUUAAGCCUUCGCUUGGUCGGACGAUGAUCUACGUGCGUAUCCUUGCCAUUGCUCACUUCAUAUUCGCUGUCGUCUACGCCAUUGCGAGCCUAUCCAUCACUCCCGACAGUGCCGGCCCCCUGGUGCUCUUGAUUGUUCUCCCUCUUGCAGGCACCUUGACAGCAUUUUAUGUGUGGACUUUGAAUUCACUCAAUGCCACCAUGAAGGAUCUCAUUGAUCGAAAGCAAAAGACCAAAGCACUGAUGUACAAGAGGCUCUGGUGGUGCAUUCUCGGUAGCAUCAUCGUCAUUUUCGGCUUCUUCUUCAUCAACUCGUUUGUCUUUGUUGGCCGCAGCGAUGUGAACUUUGUACCAGAGCACUGGAAGGCCCGGUGGUUCGUCCUAGAUGGAUGGUUAAACCUGGUCUACUUGUUCGACAUUGCUUUUGUUGCUUACCUGUGGCGCCCUACAGCUAACAACCGUCGAUUCGCCAUGAGUGACGAGCUUGCGCAAGAUGACGACGGAUUCGAGAUUCGAUCCUUCGGAAGUGGUCUGGAUGAAGAGGAUGCUUUCGAUGCACCUCCCGAGUAUCCUGGUAGCUCUGCUGCCGAGGGCCGCCGUGAUCUUUCCCCCGUGCCACCCAAGCCUGUAUCGUCUGCACCCAAGCAGCGCGAGUCGCUUGAUGAUGAGACGAUCUUCGCUGUGGGCGAAGAGGAUGGCAGAUGGUCUGAUGACGAAUCCCCUCGCAAUUCCGGCGAGAGACAACGACUCACCAACUAA